AUAGAUAUAGCUCCACUGCUGGGUGCUGAUUUUAGGGUUGAGGAGCUAAAAUAUAGCAAUAUAGCUAUAUAGCACCACUGCUAUGAGUGCUUAGUAGUUUAUAUAAACCUUUCCCUCCGUCUCUGCAUUCAUGAUUUCAUUCAGUUGUUUCGUUACUAUUCCUAGGCUAAGAGAGAUCUCUCGGCAGUCAGGUUUGUGAGAGAAAAACAAAACAAAAAGAGAAGAGAAGCUAUGGAGGAAGGACUGCUCUCUGCUUCUGAUAAGCAGAGCAUGGUCUCGUUUUUUCUAGAGAUAGCCGUUGGCCAGACCGCCGAUACCGCUAUUCAGUUCUUGCAGGCCACGCAUUGGAAGCUUGAGGAAGCUAUUCAGUUGUUCUUUGUGGGUAAUGAAGGUGGGCCAGUAGCAGCUUCAUCACAAUCUCUAGCAGCGGAAAAUGUGAACUAUUUGGCUGAUGAGCAUACAGGUAAUUUGGAGAGGGACACAAGAAAUGAAAAUGUUGGAGAUGAAGUGCGCCCUCCUUUACCUGUUAUAAGGGAAGCUCUUUAUGAUGAUGCAAUGUUGUAUCAGUAUAUGCAAUUUUCUUUGUUAUUUUCAUGUAGAACACACCAUAAUUUUGAUGAGGAAAUGAAACACUCUGGGGUCUGGGAAUCAGACCAAGGUUCUUUGUCUACAUCAGAGAACCAUCAAGAUAGUUUUGCUUCUUUAUAUCGUCCUCCCUAUCAUCUGAUGUUUCAUGGGUCCCUUGAAAAGUUACAUGCGAAAAAUGCUGCUGCUUCUUAUGACAAAUGGCUCCUCGUGAACUUGCAAUUGACCAAAGAGUUCACCUCUCAUAUGCUUAAUCAGGAUACAUGGUCAAAUGAAGCUGUUUCUCAAAUUAUUAUGUCCAAUUUUUUCUUCUGGCAGGUGUAUGAUGAUACAACUGAAGGUAGAAAGGUUUGCACGUAUAAGCUGGAUUAUUUUCCUGUAGUGCUUGUCAUUGACCCCAUAACUGGUCAGAAAAUGCGUUCCUGGUGUGGAAUGGUUCAACCUGAUCAAUUGCUGGAGGAUCUGUUAUCAUUCAUGGAUGGUGGCCCCAAAGAUCAUCACAUAAUUCUCUCUAAUAAACGCCCAAGAGAAAGUUCUUUGACUCCUCAUCAAAGCAGUAAAGAUGAAACAAAUGAGGAGGACAAGGAAAUGUUACAUGCAUUGGCAGCUUCUAUGGAAGGCAUGAAAGACUUAAGAGGGAGGACUGCUAAAGACAAAAAUGUAACUGUUACUGAAGAGAAAAAAACAUGCACCACUAAUAAGCUGGCAUAUCCACCUCUGCCUGAAGAACCUAAGGGCGAUAGGAACCUCCUUUGUAAGGUUAGAUUCCAUCUUCCAGAUGGACGCAAAGUCCAGAGAAAUUUCUUCCGAUCUGAUUUGCACGUGGAGGGUAGAGAUGAUAAGGGAGGAUGGUAUAAAACGGGAUGGAGACCCUAAGAAAAGGGAUCGGAAAUUUGUAAGAGAAAACACUGUAACAGUUUGAACCAUUUGUGUAACCUUUUUUCAAUCAAUAUAUAUUAGAACAGA